AUGACUUUGAAUAAGGUUAUUUUAAGAUAUAGUUACAGCAAAUAUUCACAUAUUUGCCCCAAGGAUAUAUCGAAACUUAACAGAAGAUCUUUCAGUAGUUUUGUAAAAUGUUCAAGUGCUCCUUCUUCAGCCAUAACACCUUUUAACAAACAAAGCGUGAAUGAAAAAUACUCUAAUAAUAUAAUCGUUAGAUUUUACGGUAACGUUGGGAAGGAUUGGCUUCCGAAACGCAACCAGUACACAAAAUAUCGUAUAACAAAGCCAUGGACUUCAGACAGUGUAUAUGACGACAUCUUCCUUUCGGAACCUUCCAAGGAUGAUUUUUAUCCUUUCACAAAGGAGAUGCCAGUGUUUUUAAAAUUCCUGAACCUGUUGACAACUGCACAGAAUAGGAAGGAGGUGUUCGUGAAUUUCGUUAGAAGGUGCGAAAACGGACUGGUGGUGGAGAAGGACGUGUACAUAACCAAGGAGGAGCUGCUGGACUGUAUGUGGGCGAACGGGUACUCGGAAUCGGAGCUGAACGCAUUCAGGUUCGCGUUCCCGAACGACUACAAGUUCCACUACCCAGAGCUGGCGGUGUUGUUUGAGCUGGAGGAGGAGGACUGCUAUAAGUACUGCCUGAAGGAGAGAGCGAGUAACCCGGAGCAGCUGGUGGAGCUGAAGCUGAAGAAGCCGUCGAACCUAGUGUCGAGCUACGGACUGGUGUUCCUAGGCUGCUGGUUCGCACUGUCAAACGCAGUGCUGGGAAACGCAUGGUUCUUCGCAAAAACACUGCCCUUCGGAGCAGUGUUCUACCUGCUGGCCUCGUACUUCCAGAAGUGGCUGAAGGAGUACUUCUGGAAGGAGGAAAACGCACUCAUCGAGAAGCUGAGGCAGGAGAAGGACUACUGCGAAGAGGCAAUCUACGCGCAGCUGAGAAACUACCUGGAGGACUCGAAGUGCGCGGAGUACGUGGAAGGGUUCAAGUCGGAAGUGACGAAGAAGAUGGAGGAGUAUAAGAGAGCACUGCUGCUGAAGAUGAAGAGCGAAGCGACCAACCUGAUGAAGGAAAGACUAAACAGCAUGGCACUGCAGGAGUCGGCAAUAUCAAGUUCACUGGAGAAGACUAUGGUGACUGAGUUGGUGAAGCUGUUUCUGGAAACGUUUAAAACGAGCUCGGAAAUGAAGACGGAAGCGUUACUGUCAUCAGUGAACGAGUUGAAGGGAGAAUACAGUAAAAAGGACGAUCCGCUGUUUAACUUCUUCAACACGAGUCUGGAGCAAUUUCAAUCAAACAAGAGUAACAACAGUUUCGUAAAGAGGUGCAACGACGUGUUUAAGCAGAAGGAGCAGGAGUUUCUGAACACAUACACAGUGACCACUGACGAAUAUAAGGAAGUGUCCAAAUUGGCGAAACUGUGUAAAUCAAACAAGGGAUUUAACGUAAAUAAGUUGAAGGAGGAAGAUAGGUCGAAGCUUGAGCAGUUAUAUCUCAGCUUGUCGCAAAAAAUGGGAUACUAUGUUCCAGUACUACCCUUGGUCGAAAGCCAAUACAAGGACCCAUUAGUGGACAAACAGCUUACUGAGCAACUAAGCAUGGUCAGAGAGUCACGUCUGCAGGAAUUCCUACGACAAUUUGCAUAA